AUGUCCGGUCUCGAAGUUGUCGCUCUGGUGGUGGGCAUCGUCAGUGCCUUCAGCGGAACAGCAUCGUUCCUCAGAGAACUGAAGAAGAAAAAGAAAGAUGAGAGCUCUCACAAAUCUGUACGCAUACAGCGACUACAAAAGGCUGUGGAACUAGCGCCACCGGAGAUUCAACAAGAAUACGACGAUGACUUCUCCAUAAUUGGACGGCGGUUUGCUGUAGGCGACGAACUGAGCUCACGAGCGUCAUGA